AAUUUCCUUCCAAGAAAAAAUAUUUUUCUCUUCUGAGAUUUUAGAGUUGGAGAACAAAAUAACACGAAAUGGACGGGAGAGGAGGGUGUUGUAUUGCUAGAUACGCAGGGGGUGCGUACGAUAUGUCAAAGGUGGAUAGGAUAAUGCUAAAAUUCAGACCUAUCGCUCCUAAACCAGCAGCAGCCGGUGGCUCUAUUUCUAGAACUACUACUCCACCGCAGAAAUCUGAGGUUCCGGUUCGUAAUGGCCGGUGGAAGCGAAGGUAUGUUAAAGAGAACAAUAAAAAUAGUAAUAAUAGCUCUAAUAACAAGAGAUCCAGUAGUGGAAGUAGUCCUAGUGGUAGAAAAAGGAAAGCUCAAUCGCCUGAGGAAAAUGAAUCCAGCGGGAAAACAGUGUCUGGUGGAGAACCGGUGGUAACGCUUCCCUUAUUAUCGGAGAGCCCUGAAAGGAAGGACUCUCCGAGGGAUCGUUCGGUAGAUAAGGUGAAAAAAACAGAAAAAAAUGCUCCGAUCUGGUUGAGUUUUGGUAAAAACCAAGGGAAUAUCAAUAAGAAUGAUAUUAAUGGUCAGUUGCAGUUGCAGGGGUACGGAGGAGGAGUUGGUAUGGAUGGGUCAGUUUUGAUGUUUCCACAGCCAGUACGGGUAGUUGGGUCAUGGGUAAAGGUGGAAAGCGUGACUGACGCGUGGGAGGAAGGGUAUGGGAUAGGGCGUACGGAUGAGGAGAAACUGGUAAAUCUGGAGCGGGACAUCUGUCCAGGGUUCAUAUCAGACGGUUUAAACAGAGUUAGGUGGGCCAACAAGGCGUACAAGGAGAUGGUGGAUGAGGAAGGAAGCGCAGCAGCAGGGGAAGUAGUUGUAUGGCUCGUGAUGAAAGAUGAUGUACGGCUGCCGGAGAACAAAACCACGGCCGCGUUCACUUGCCGUGUCAGGGUGGUCAGAUGCGGGAAGGAAAAAAAGUCGUUGAUUCUGCCGUGCGAUGUGUGGAGAAUGGACGGCGGAGGAUUUGCAUGGAGGUUGGAUACAAAAGCAGCUCUCUCCUUGGGGCGGUAGGUAAUAAAAGUAAUAUCAACUCAACCCAAAGGGUAAACAAGUAAAUCUAUGUGCCGGCCACUAAUAAUUCUGUCACCUUGCGUUUUUGUACGUACAGACAUGCACACUGCAUGCUCUUUUAUCAGAAGAAAAAUUGUGAAUAUCUUUAGCAUUUAGAAUUUUUAUUUUAUUUUUUUUCAGUGUGUUUACUUUUCUUGGUUAAUUUUCUCAAGGUGGUUUGGGUUGAACUGUUGGGAGGAGAUGUUGGUUUGGGAUAUUUGUUGAAAUACAGUUACUACUAGUAUAGUAGUACAUGAACCAUGGAAACAAAUCGUGAUGAUCUUGUAACUUAUCUGACUUGGGCUUUAUGUUCCUGUUUCUAAGUUAACAUCUCGUGGAUAUUUUUCUCAA